CUUGUGCCUUACACUAUGAUAAAGUAAUGUUCUUUGCAAACAUCCACGCACUAUAUAUAACUAGCACUUCUUAUCUUACACUUCCUAAACUAAUCACUCGAUCAUAAAAAAAAUUUCAAGAAAUGAUGGGGAGAUCACCAUGCUGCGAUGAAAAUGGUUUGAAGAAGGGGCCAUGGACGACAGAGGAGGAUCAAAAGCUGGUCGAUUACAUUCAGAAACAUGGCCAUGGAAGUUGGAGAGCUCUCCCAAAGCUUGCCGGACUGAACAGGUGUGGAAAGAGUUGCCGGCUUAGGUGGACUAACUAUCUCAGGCCUGAUAUCAAAAGGGGAAAGUUUUCUGACGAAGAAGAACAAACCAUCAUCAACCUACAUUCAGUUCUUGGAAAUAAGUGGUCGGCCAUAGCUAGCCAUCUUCCGGGACGUACGGACAACGAAAUUAAGAAUUUUUGGAACACCCAUGUAAAGAAAAAGCUUCUCCAAAUGGGCAUAGAUCCAGUCACCCACAGGCCACGAACAGACCACCUUAAUAUCCUUUCCAAUCUGCCACAGUUGCUUGCUGCUGCCAAUUUUGCCAAUUUGACAAUUAAUCCUUGGGACAAUGUUCUCAGGCUACAAUCAGAUGCCGCGCAGCUUGCAAAGAUCCAGGUGCUCCAUAAUAUAAUCCAAGUCCUGAACACCACUACUCCCACUUCAAAUAUUGAAGCAAUAUUCAAUCAUUUUGGGUCGUCGUCGUCGUCAAUUCCUGACAAUUAUCUUGAAGGGCUGGUCAAUGGCGGCUCAAUUGGUUUUCCUUCACAAAUCCCUGCUCAAAUUCAGUCCAAUGAUCAUCUUCCAAACUUUGAAGCUCCUCCGCUACAACAACACGGUGAUGUUGUAAAUGGCAAUAACAGUGAUAAUUAUGGCCAACUUGGUACCUCAUAUUCUAAUAUUAUUCCACCUUUAAAUGCACUUCCCAAGUUGGUUUCGGCCUCGCCUGAUGAUCAGUGCUGUUCCAUUAUCAGCCAAAUUGAAAACAAGAAUAGCUUAAAUGAUUUGUCUAACCCUUCAUCCACUUCAACCACCUUUGAACUACCUUUGGGAGAUAUCAUGGACGAUGAAGCAAGUGACUCUUACUGGAACGAUUUUAUAGAACAAGCAGCUUUGCAGCCAUGGCAAACCUCAUAGAAGAACGACGCAUGCGUACAUCAUUGUCUGAAGCUUUCCCUUUAUAUUACAAGAUUUAGAUUCAUUUGUAAACUAAAUACAUGUUCAUUAAUUACAUAUAUGAGAGCUGGAUUUCCUAGAUUUUUACUGGCUAUACAAAUUAUAUAUGACCUCCCAUUGUAUGAAGGGAUCCGUAGAUCAUUCAUGUAAGCCUUUUUCUUAGAGAGUAAAUAUAUGUUACUGUUAUAUGUA